AUGUCGGAUUUAGACAGUGAAUAUCCGAGAGCGGAAAGUGGAAGACCAUUUCUACCAGAAGAAGAAAAAGAAUUUGUAAAACUCUUCAAUAAACAAAAAUUCAGACCUAAAACAGCUAUUUUAACAGUGUGGUUUGACUAUCCCAAAAACAUGUUCUUCCAACCGAUACCAGCUAAAGAUAAAAUCACUUUCACGAAUAAAGAAGGUAAAAAGGAAACUGGUAACAAAAUCAGGUUCAGAAAUGAUUUCUGUCACGACGUUUUAACAUCGGUCGAUAUUCAAGAAAUAGUGAAAGCCGGUGGACGAAUUAUUAGAAUAUUAGAUGGUAUAGUUUACGAAGAAAAUUUUAAAACUCCACCCUAUAGAGAUUAUAUUUUAAUUUUGAGAGAUUUAAGAAAUAAAUAUAAACGAGAAGGUAAUAUCGUGGGUAGUAAUUGCAUGAAAUUAUUAGGUAAUUCCUUGUAUGGUAAAUCAAUUCAGAAAGAUAUAUUCACAACUAGACAUUUAUGGAAUGAAGCAAUUUUACAGGCCAACUUUGAUUCACGCGUUAAAACCUAUGAGAAAAUUAAUGAUACUCAAUCUAUUGUUGAAACAGAAAUUGAAGAAAAAGAGAUUACUACCGAAGAUAGUAAAUCUACACGACUAACACCUAGUCAUUUGGGAUCAUUCGUUUUAUCUCACAAAAUAGUGAAAGCCGGUGGACGAAUUAUUAGAAUAUUAGAUGGUAUAGUUUACGAAGAAAAUUUUAAAACUCCACCCUAUAGAGAUUAUAUUUUAAUUUUGAGAGAUUUAAGAAAUAAAUAUAAACGAGAAGGUAAUAUCGUGGGUAGUAAUUGCAUGAAAUUAUUAGGUAAUUCCUUGUAUGGUAAAUCAAUUCAGAAAGAUAUAUUCACAACUAGACAUUUAUGGAAUGAAGCAAUUUUACAGGCCAACUUUGAUUCACGCGUUAAAACCUAUGAGAAAAUUAAUGAUACUCAAUCUAUUGUUGAAACAGAAAUUGAAGAAAAAGAGAUUACUACCGAAGAUAGUAAAUCUACACGACUAACACCUAGUCAUUUGGGAUCAUUCGUUUUAUCUCACAGUAAAAAAAUAAUGAACAAUUUCAUUCACGUCAUAAAUGGAUUUUAUAAACCCGAAAUAUACUAUACCGACACCGAUAGUUUGUACAUUUAA